AUGCCUCGUUGUAAAGUUCAGCCUGCCGUCAACAAUGGCGAUAUCAACAAUGCAUCUAAUGAGGACUCCAUUGGAGAUAUAAUCUCCGAGACAGUAGCUCAGGCCUCCCCACAAGGAUCACAUGGACCUCAUCACGAUGCAGAUAAAGAGGGUCGGCAAAAGGCUCAGUCAAAGACGAAGAAGAUUUUAUGUUAUGGUGCCAUUACAGCAUUUGUUUUCAAUGAAAACGAGAACCCAGCUGUUAGGGUUGACUUCAAAGCUGAUCCCAACAAGUAUGCAAAAGCUGUUGACAAUCAUCUCACUGUGCUGAAGAAAAAGUACUGUCAAACGGGAGCUGGUCUUACAUUUGUGCAAUUAGAAGGGAACCCUGUGUAUGGGGGACCAAUUGGGCUUAUAAAGAAAAAAUUCAAGAUAUUUGACCGUCUAUAUGGCUUCUGGAUGAAAAUUUCCAGCUACAACCCAUUCACCACUUUUUCUGACCCAGGCCAAGACCUUGCAGGCAACACAUACAAUCUCCUGUUUCUGAGAAAGAGGAAGUCACACCAAAGCCGUGCUGAGCAGCAGUCCGGCAUUCAAGAAGACCGCCCUGCUGGCAGGGCUCAUCAGUCCAUGGUGCCCGAUUGCUCACAAACUUUCAAUCUUAAUAUGAGUAUUUUCUGGAUUUUCCAUGUGGCUGUACUAAUACUUUUACAGGAGUAUGCUGAAGAGUAG